UCUUACGCUUCGUUGCUUUGAAUACACUAUACUCGUACUUUGUCUUUGCUCACGUCAACUACUAUUCCUGUGGCAUCUCACUCUUACUGGACGACCUAAGCCUCAUCACCCUAAAGGAGAUACCGAGGAAUUCUACGACUUCAAGAGCUUCCGCAGCCACCUUCGUCUCCGAAACGACAGCGCACUCCUCCCCGUUACGAUGUUGUUCCCAACCUUUUCCACCGCUGUCAUGGCUUUCGCUGCCUUCACAUCCACAGUCGAUGCAUUGCCCCCGCGACCAGGGACCACCACCCUCAGCAAUCUCGCGAAGAAGAUGCCUACCAACACUCUUCCAGCACCCACAGGACUAGAACUCAAAUACGUUCUGCUCGGCGUCGGCACGCAGAACUAUACCUGCUUGACCAACAACGCCACAGCUGCGCCUGACACAACCGGAGCAACUGCAAAGCUCUACGAUCUCGGGACCAGACUAAACAGCGACCCCCUCGCGCAGUGGAAGAUCCCCGCGAUCUCAGGCCUCGCCCUCUCCCUCUCCGCGUUUGGCACCUGGCAGCUUGACAUGUACCUCAUGGCCGAAGGCUACAACCAAUGGCUGGGCAACCACUUUUUCACGCUGAAGGUCCCGACGUUCUCCCUCUACAAGACCAAGAGCACGCCACACCCCCUGGCCAUGGUGUCGAAGCAGGCUGACCAGGACGCGCCGAAGACCGCUUGCCAGGGAACCAAAGGCGAGGGCGCUGUCAAGUGGCUCUACCUCGUCGAUCAGUCGGUGCCAGAACUGUCGCAGGGAGGCGUCAACACGGUGUACCGGCUCGAGACUGCGGGCGGCAACAAGCCGGCGACGUGCCAGGGCCAGAAGCAAUACUUCGAAGUUCCCUACGCGGCACAAUACUGGGUGUACGGCCCGAAGGCAUAAGCGCUGGAUGUCUGUUGGUAUCGUCGUCCACGUCCGCCAUUCAUAACGACUUACGCGAUCCAACUGCACACGCUCGCUCACUUACUCACGACCGCUCCGCUUUCGCGGCUUGCUCGUCCGGUUCCGCUCCGCUGUUUCUGCAUUACGAUACCCUGUAUAUAUUCCUUUCUUACUCUCGCUCGAGAUGCGCCUUGAUUUCUUGCCAAGCAUAGCCGGCUCCACGUCCGUACAAACGCGGCGUUCUGGGCCUUGUUGGGUGGCUGUC